AUGUCUCCUCCCAAAGUCGCCAUCAUCGGCGCAGGUCCCGCCGGAAGCACCCUCGCCCGUCUCCUCAUACGCGCCUCCAUCCCCGUUACCAUCUUCGAGGGGGAAUCCUCCAUGUCCGUUAGGGCGCAGGGGGGGACACUAGACCUGCAUACAGGCACUGGGCUCAAAGCCUUGAAAGAAGCGGGCCUAAUCGAAGAAUACGCACAGUACGCUCGCUACGACGGCGAAGCGAUCAACCUGGCGGACAAGAAUUUAGUCAGCCUGAUCAAAGUUGGUGGCACAACGGAGGCUUCGAGUUGGGGAAGACCAGAGAUUGAUAGAGCUCGGCUCCGUCAGAUCUUGGUGGAUUCGUUACCUGAGGGAACAAUACGGUGGCAUUGCCGGCUACGGAGCGUAGACGCGAAUACCCUAUCCCUGCACUUCGACCAUGGAGUCGAGACGGGGUUCGAUCUCCUCAUUGGUGCAGAUGGUGCCUGGAGCAAAGUACGGCCCGUACUCACGGAUGUGGAACCAUACUUCGUUGGGCUGGGCGGAUACGACCUCUUCAUCCAUGAUGCCGAAAAGAGCCACCCAGACCUCUACAAGCUUGUCAAUCGUGGUUCCUUGUUCGUAUUUUCUGAUGGCAAGGGUCUGAAUGCCCAGCAAAGAGGCGACGGAACAAUCAUUGUCUAUGCGUCGGGCCAUAGGGACGAGGAUUGGAGAAAGACCUGCGGAUACGAUUUACACAAUGCGAGCGAGGUGAAGAAGGCAAUUAGAGAAGAAUUCAAGGAUUGGGCGGAACCGCUGGUGAAGCUCACUCAGGUGGCAGACGAAAGUGACUUCACCGCUCGCUCUCUAUACAUUUUGCCUCCUGGACAUCGAUGGAAGCAUAGAGCAAAGGUGACCCUCAUCGGAGAUGCAGCGCACCUGAUGACGCCACAUGCAGGCGAGGGAGUCAAUGUUGCGAUGGAAGACGCUCUGAAUCUAGCACAGGCUAUCAUUCGUAGCGUCGAAAUUGAAGACGCCGUUGAUGCAUUGGAUAAGGAGAUUAGCGCCUUCGAAGACGAAAUGAUGACAAGGGCAACAAGAGUGCAGAAUCAUUCAUUCGCCAAUACCAAAGACAUGUACUUCACUCCUGGAGCGCCCCAUACGGUGAUAGACAAUUGGGUGAGGCGGGCGAUGGCUCAGCAGCUAGGGUGGGUCGUCGAGCUUGUACUUCCGCUCUGGAUUGUUGGAAUCAUCAGACGGGGCUUCUCUUGGUGGUACAGAGUGGACUGA